CAUGUCUGGCAUCCCUCUCCCCAUCCUCCCCAUCUGCUUCCAGUGCGGUACAGACCAGAAUCCCUGCCACUGCAAGGUUGUCGGACCGACCCUCGGGUUUCUCACCACGGUCGUUGCAGCGAUUGUUUGUUGGCCUGCUUCCCUUUUCUGCGGGUGCUGUAUGACCAAAACGGGGAAUGAGUGA